CGUAAUUUAAAAUAUUCAUCCGUUGAAACGCUUAAAAACGCAUUCUUAGUUCAAUUUGCUACUGCAUUAAACUUUGUAUUGACUGUCCUGGCAAUGUCCUGGCAUACGCAAUUGACGAACACAGUUAAUAGUUCGUGUUAUGGUAAAUAAUAAAUACUUCCUAAGCAUCAGUUCAAGUAAAGCUAGCAAGUAAACGAUGCUUUUAAUUUGUCUAAACAUGUAGCACGUUUGCAUUAACGUGUUACAUUUGAGCAAAUGGUUAAUCAUGUGGGAAUAUAACAUACAUUGGCCGAUCAAUAUGAGAUUGACUCGAAGCGAUCUGCGGAAAUGAGAAGCAAUUAACAGUUAAACGGUGUCAGUGUAGCAACGUAGCACGGCAGCAAGAAAUAGAUGUAUGCUGUUGAAUGUGUAGAAACGAGUUCGGUGCAAGAGAAACUGGCUUUUCAACUUUGGAUGGGUGGAACAAACCAGAGCAUCUUCAUGCUUUUAUUCCUUUUCUCUCUCGGUUUUCUUCGCCGUCUCUUCAGAUUUUUGGCGUUGCUAGACUUUGGAUUUUAUUCAAAAUAUCUGUUGGAUCUUAUAUUCGUUGUGUUGGUAACGUGCAUGCAGCAGACCAAAAGGCUCUGUUGCUUUGUCCGAAGUAAUCAACGGUCCCGUUUUACAGCUUUCUACCUUUCCUUUACACAUUUAUUUUGGAGCUGCUGCAUUUUUUUAACCUGGCAUAAAUACAUGAGCCCAACGCGUUUGUAUUUGUAUGGCAUGGCUUUCCAAAACUGGAAGUAUGGUCCGUGAAAAUUUAUACAACUUUCAAAGUACUGUAACAUUAUUAAUGGAAAUCUGUAAUAUUGAAAAUGUUCACAUAAUGUAGUCAUAAAGGUUUGAUUCAACCUAAGUUCAUCCAUCAUGGGGUAAAGAUCGCUAGAUCGAUAUUCUCGCGCGUUUGUUAGCAGGAUUUGUACAAUGAAAUGCGGAAACCAUGAAAAUCCUUACUUGUGUUAAUGACUUUGCGAUUCGGACAUCAACAACGGAUGUUAAUUUAAAUUAGUAUUCCUGGUUAACAGCAAAGAGGUUUACAAAGCAAUUCAAAAGACGGAUUGGGCAGAUCUACGCGUGGUCUAGUGAGUAGCGCCAAAAUAAUACCUAACAAUGAAUCGCGAUGCGCGCUUGAUGUGGUUUGCUGAAAGCUGGUCAGUUGUUCUAGUCAACGGUUUUUCGUUUCGCUCAACGGACCAUCCUAUGUAUUAAGCAGUGGGUAACGAGUUGCCGUUACACAGGAAAAACCUUUAUUAUACUCGAAUCCAUAGCAAAGAACCAUAGAGAUGCUACUCUUUCUUACUGACCGUUUGAUUGAGCUAGCCUCUCCAUACUUUUUUGUACGGAGAAAACAUUUGCCAGUGCCAUGUCUUUAACACAGAUUCAUUAAACUUAUUCAUUGCGGGUUCUUGCUACAGGAUGACGAUCCAAAUGGACAGGCACAUUUAUCAAUUGACCUCUGGUGUAUGUCGCUCUCUUCGCACGCAUCGCCAUGUUUAGUACAAUCCAUAAAAUCAAUUAAGCAUCGCAUGAACUGAUCAAAAAGCACAAAUCGUUUUGCGACUUAUUUCUAAGAUUGUUUGCGCAAAAAAUGCAAAUAAUGAUAUAAACAAUGGAACAAUUAGGAAAAAAAAUGUAGCGAUCAUUUUCUAUUACACCGGAAGAUUAUGUUGUUUCUCCUGUUGCAUUAUGUGCCUCUAACUAAACACAUGUGGUUACGUGCAGUAGUUUGAUGCGCAUAAACUUUACCUGAAAACCUAUGUGUUGCUUUGGUUCGUGAAGUGAAGGCAGCUGAGCGCGAAGAAGUAUACGAUAGUUGUUUGAGAUAACGCUUAUACCGUAAGCGAAAGAAACCAUAUAAAAAACGAUCCGAUUCUUUUGUAUCGAUGCAAUGAGGUGAGUAUUUACUCGAGCUCGUGAAACGAUAUGCAGUACAGCCGCUCUCGGGUCUUAUCAGACAAUUAGAAAAAAGAAAAGCGCGCUAUCCAGAGCGUCUUGGUUUCUCCGUUGCAAAUGCGCACAUGCUAUCAUCACAUAUUGGCAUAAUCAUAAAUGGGAUGCGCAUCCAUGGUAGACUACUACAAGACUUGCGUGUGUUUGACCAGUUUACCUGCAUCGUCUCCGAAAAAGAGCGCACAACUAGUGUGCACUCCAUGCAGCAGGCGCGCAGUAGUAGUGCCUUUCAUCCAGGCUCAAAUAUCAUCCGCUACAUCUAUUGUUUUCAGUUCGUAUCGAUAGCUCACCGUGAUUGGGGGUCUGUAUAAAUCUUACAGCACCAAAGGAUUGUAACAGCUUUUAUAUGGAUUUUCAGUUAGUUUGCGAAAAGAAGCGAAUAACAGCAGCGAAGAACAGUGAUAAAAGUGAAGUGAAUAUUUACUCGAAAGUUCAGUAUAGCUGCAUUUCAUUAGGAUAUAACGCAAGAAAACGAGGAUGAAAUUUGGCAACUAUAAUCUUACAUCAACCGCAACGGAACCAUGUGAUAACAAACGACGGCAUCUCUCUCUUUUUCGGCCCGGAAAGGUAAAGAGCACUGCAAAUUACAUCGUUGGGAAGGUUCACCGUCGUCUCGGCAGCAUUGUAAGCACAAGGAUGUCAUCAUCCGUAGUAGCAGGCUCCAGGUGUUUGAAUGACGUCGUCAACGUUGAACACGAAAACAUAGCUCAAAAUGAGCAGCUUUCCGCUGCUUGUUUCAUGAAGUCCUUUGUAUCUAAUGGAUCAGAAUCUUCGUCCACAUUGUCUUAUCGAGCAUCUCUGUUCGGGGAACAGGACGAUAUGGUAGCAAAAGGGCAUCGGGAGCGAGAAAUUACCAUACCACGUUUCUCUCCGAAAGAUUUUCCAACUAGCUGGAUAGGAAAGAACACUGGUCUGGACAGCACACUGUUCGAUUUGCAGAGGAAGUUGUGCAAUGGAAUGUUAGGCAGCCAGCAAGAUGAUUCUGCCUUUCAGCCGUUCGGUAGUCGAGCGCAAUUGUUCCACAAGAACAAAUCGAUCACCGGAAAGCAUGGCAUCCUGCCAUUCUCAAACGUUGAAGGAGCACAGCUGUUGCCGUACUCUUAUCAUUCGCUGAAGAGUGGGUCCACCCUUCGAAGAUCUGCUCAAAACUUUGGUGGAAGCUGUCCCGAAAUACAUGCAGCGUCCGACACAAUGCAAUCCCGGAAGAGCUACAAAUCCCAACGCUCCUCUAACGUAAGCAACGGAAAUGGCAGCAAUCGAUUUCGAAAGAGUAAGAUAGUGCAGCUUUUAGAGCGUAAUGAAUCCGAAGAUAACGAUGAAACCGUUGAGAUGGCCAUCCUACAGGAAUACUUCGACACCAUGUCCUAUACAGAAAUUGUUAAAGACCGCGACUUUCGGAACUAUUUAAUGAAGAAACGAUACCUUGAUAUCAUGGAGUACAUUUACAACAGUAGCGGAGCAUCGGACAAUGGUCAAUUUUCUCGUGCACCCUCUACGAUGGCCCCGCCGUCCAUAUCCGCCUCGAACAACGAUUGCGAUUCGGUAAAAAAAGAGAAGCUUAGGGCUGAAUCUGUUCCAUCACCUACGCUACCGCCUCAGCCUCCAAUACGACGGUACUAUUCUUCGAAUAGUAACUCGCAGGUGUUUUGUCGUCGGAACAGCAGCUUCGAACAGUAUUAUCACAAUCAAAACCAGCACUAUGGAACGUUGAACUACCACCGUACGCCAGGAAACCAUAGCUUUGUUUCAUCGCGUAGGUUGGAAAAGAACCGCGACCAACGGGAUGUUCCCCCUUACGCGACAUUGCUGAGGAUCACAAAAACCAAGGCACCAUCGCGAUGCCAAAGAACGUACCGUCAAAUUCGAGCGUUUUGUGAAAAGUCCCUGAUGAAAUACUCUUUAAAUCGUUCAUUGAAUGGUAGUGCUAUGACGCUUAAGAAAUGCAAACCAGCACGGGGUUAUUCAGAAAAGCAAUACCGUCGUGUAAUAAACGAUUUUGUGCGUCAACGAGGAUUCUCGAGUGCCGAUGAAUACACGCGAUACCAUUAUGGCAAUUUUCUACGCCACAAACUAGUUCGAACGGGUAAUCGUCGGUCAAAAAAGCGAUCAUCAAAAGAGGAAAAGGCGGAGAAAGAACAGUACAACGCUCAUCAGCAGCUUCUGUACAACUCUUUACCACCGCCUCCGUAUUCCAGCGGAGACUAUCAUCAUGCGCCUCUCACACCGGUAUCUCGGGAGUCAAAGGCCACAACACCAACGGCCCGCAAUUUACCAACCAAUUUACUUUUCGAAUUCGAGCCAGAAAAGCCAUCGCUGGCCAGCAAUUCGUUGCCCAACGUGUGCGAUCUUAUCUGCUCGGACAGGUUCAAAAAUUUCGACUACGUCAACCAAGCCAUGACUUUACAGCGUUGUCGCCGUGGCGCCGAGUCGGCAACAUCCGCAGGCUUUCGAUUAAAUGAUCGGAGACAAAUUUUUUUGCCAGUAAACAGUGACGGAGAAGAAGAAUUGCUUCAUGGACCGGCCAGUUCUUUUAUGCCGCCCGACGAAGAGCUGCAGCUGGGGGAAGUGAUUGCAAGAAGUGACCAAACAAAUCUGCCGUAUAUUUUUGACGACAUAGGCGUCUAUGAAACAAUACGGUCCCGAAACAAGAAGGAACUUUUGCGAGCCGAAAUGCGAUCGCGCAAGGAAUCUUUCAUAAAUGCAGCGGGAGAAAAAUAUGCUGGUCUAAGCCAACAACGACAACCAACAUUCCGAAAUUCCAAGAUGGAUGUUGAAUACCAAAACUAUGAUGAACAUAAACACAUAGGCUAUAAGGAUGAAAUGCUCUCGGAGGAAAUGAGCUCAUUGGUGCCGCCGGGUUUGCAAGGAAAGUCGGACAUACUGUUUGGCAACUUGCAUGAGCUGUACACCUUUCACAAUGACAUUUUCUUGAAGGAUUUGGAAAAUUGUAUUUCCACCACAGAACUUGUUGCCCUUUGCUUCGUACAACGGCGAGAUACGUUUUUCCGCCUCUACUCGUACUAUUGCCAAAACAUACCCCGGUCUGAACGUCUUCGGGAGACGCUCGUUGAUACGCAUCUGUUCCUGCAAGAAUGCCAAAAGAAGCUCGGUCAUAAACUGCCGUUGGCCGCUUAUCUGCUAAAGCCGGUACAAAGAAUUACAAAGUAUCAACUUUUGCUUAAAGAUUUGCUAAAGUUCAGCGAUACUGGUACAUGCUCGCGAGAGUUGCAGAAAGCAUUGGAUUGUAUGUUGGUUGUAUUAAAGUGUGUCAAUGAUUCAAUGCACCAAAUUGCAAUAACGGGAUUCCCGGCUGACCUAUCCCAGCAAGGCGAACUACUGAUGCAAGAUUCGUUCCAAGUUUGGACGGAAAGUAAAAAGGACUUGCGGCUACGGCUGAAAACACAAAAUAGGCACAUUUUCUUGUAUCAAAAAGCAAUGCUAUUUUGUAAACAAGGGUCGAAAACGGGGCACAACAAGAGUACUUAUCAAUUUAAACACUGGCUACAGAUGUCACAAAUCGGUUUAACGGAAUCCGUUCGCGGCGACUCUAGACGAUUCGAGGUCUGGCUGCAAGGACGCCAAGAAGUGCAUACUAUACAAGCUACCACUAUUGAAAUAAAAAACAAAUGGGUCGCUGAAAUCAAGCGUGUUUUGCUGAACCAACUGGAAGAGCUAAAGGGUGAAAAAAUCAAGCAAUACGGCUUGAACCACAAACCUUUGCGGCACAUGACUUCAUGGGACGUUCCACAAGCUGUGCAAGGAACACCGAACCGAAUAUUAAGCAGCGACCAACAGCCGCCAUUGCAGGCCAACGGUAUAGGCAUAGGAGGAAUGGUCGGCCUGGCACAGGACGUGGUCACACGGAUAGCUCAUAUGAACGAUGAUAGUCUUCUAAACGCUACCGGAAUCUCAUGCUCCUCGUCCGAACACGAUAACCAGGAAAGCAAUGCAUGGAGCUCCGACUACUCGAAUAGCGAAGAUGAGUUUACUACUGUAGAGGAUAGUGUCGUGCCGGGGCACAAGUUUGUGUCAUUGGCUGAUUACUGUGCAAUGGGAAAUUCAGAAGUUUCUAUGAAAGAGGCUGAAGUAGUGGAGCUGCUGAAAGUCGGCUGUGCAGGAUGGUGGUUUGUGAAAGUGAUCGCUACCGGCCUUGAAGGAUGGGCUCCAGCAGCAUACUUAGAGCCAGUGGCACGCAAAAAUUCUCGCCUUAGAAGCGCGCGCAGCCAAGACCGACUGAACGACCACUAAAAAACCAAAAAUAAGUUUAAUAACUAAUAGGAGCUAUUAACCUAUCGAUCGUACUACCAUCUAAAAGGAUGGAUGAAUUGAGCCAAAGUUUAUGAAAAGGAACGUUCUGGAGUCUAUGAAAAACGUAAUAAUCUCACUUAUUUAGAUAGUCAAUAUCUAUGAUCAUGUUGUCACUUUACGGACCCGACAACAGACAUGACAAAGUCUGAAUUAUGUACCUCGAAUUGCUACGUCAAUUCUUUACUAUGUUAGCAAAAUCUAAUCCUCGAAAUGUUUUCGAUUAAUGCUUUACUAUUUCGUCUUAGCGAAUGACACGCUGUUUAACAUUCAAGAUGGUAAUACGACAUUGCCAGUAAUCGUAUAAAGUAAUCAGAUCGUUAUUCAAUAUCGCUCAAUAGUCAGUUCAAUUCCUUUGUAUCUUGCGUAUUUACGAAAAGCAAUCAACGUGAAACACAUCGGAUUGUUUUAUCCUGAAAAAAAUGCUUGAAAAGAUUGAAUGACAAUUGCAUGGAUAUGGGAAAUUGGUACAUCAAUCAGCAUAUACUCGUGGUUAUCGAAUUAACGGACCCGUACAAUUGCGAUAAAAAAUAGCGCUGUUUAUAGAUACAUGUACUACAUUUUUUUCGCUAAUGUAUAACCGAAUUAAGAAAUUAUGGUGCUUUUUUAACACUCAAUUGAUCAACCACAUUUGCAAAACUCACCUACGUGUAAUAAUAUAAGUCGAAUGUCUGCUGGGUAUGUCCUGGGAAAAGUUGUAAAUCUCAUGAUCGUAAUUUAAAGCAAUAGUCAUUUUUCGUUUUCUCGGUUAUGUUUCUAUAAUCGUUUGAGUUCUGCUUGAUUAUUCAACGUAAUAUGUCAUAUAUUUCUAUAUCCGUAAGUUUUGUUAUAAUUUUUCCAAUAGUCGCGUGAAUGUUUCGCUUCAUUGUGUAUAGCUGAAAAAUGAUCGAAGAAAAUCUAUUUAAGCAUAGCAAUUGAACAAUGUAAGGUAUAACGUUUAAUAAUCUUUGAAAAAGGUGAUUAAAUCGCUCAUGUAAGACAGUGAAAUAUGAUUGCGCACGCAAUUUAACAAAUCAAAUAAUCUUUAAGUCAAUGAAAGAAACCGCCGAUGGUGACAUUAAUUGAUCGUGAUAUUGAAAUAAAAUAAAAUAAUCUUUCAGGAAAUAUUUGUUUGUAAAUGUUACCGAUGCGCUCAA